GUACCAGUCAAACAGUGACAACACGCCCUGAUAUAACCAUACAUUUUGCUAGUCAACAAGUCGGAUAUCGGCCUACUCACUAUCUUAUUACUCAAUUUCUUGAAGGACCAUUGUCAGUAAAAGCUGCUAAAUCGUGAUGUCAACGGUACACAUUAUAUCCACCAUGCUGUGGGUAUUUAUUAUUGCAUUAGAUUUUAUAUGCUCGGUAAAUGGUGAACUUUGUUCAUCUGGCAUAGAAUGUGACUAUCAUGAGUAUUGUUGUGAGGAUGGUUGCUGUUCUAGUGAAGGAAAUUACAAUUAUACCUACGGCUAUGGAUUCUACAACCUAUGGUAUUUCUGGUUUGUUAUUAUCAUGAUCAUGAUGACCUGCUGCGGGGCUUGUAGCUACGUCAAAAAGAGGCAGUAUUACUUGAGGCAACAGCAGAGUCUGGGCCAGACUUCUCAGCUUGCGGGAGCUAAUGUAGUCCAGCAUCCCCCUACCACCUACGGUGUUCAUCCAAGCAACCUAGCAGCGCCACCACCUGUCGGCAUCUUCCCCGGACCCCCAGCAUAUAAUGAGGUAACGGAAAAACCAGAUCAGUUCCCCAAGGCGGAGUUUGGCUACCCCAACUACGGAUUCACGGCUCCACCCUACACCCCACACAAUCCCAACAUGCCACCAGCAGCAGUAGCAGCAGCACCGGCGCCAACACCAGAGGGCACCAUACCCGUCGGCACCACUACCGCCGAUGGUACCAUUCCAGUGCAGCAUCCCCCGUCGGCCGCUAUGGCAUACCCACCUACCACCGCGGGUGUACCACCAGCCACGCCCGAGUCAGUGCCUACUACAGCCCCGCCCCCUUAUACCCCAUCCGUAACCAGCCCACAUGUUGUUGAACCCUCAGAGCAGUCAAAUCCUGUAGUGUGAAACAAGCAGGAACUCUUUGAUACAUAAAACCUUGGAUUGCAGUAAAACUACUGGUAUUACCUUUCAUAUAUCCACCCAAGUCUCAAAUAACAGAGAAAUAGUGAGAAAAACGGCAUCCUGAAUCUAUUUUUUCACUAUUUUAAUCAAUCUUUCUAAUCUUUACCUAUAUUCCAAAUCUGUAUCCUAGAU